AUGUUCGUUCGAUUUGGGUUCUUGCUUCUGUUUUUCUUGCUGAUCAAGUCUGGAGAGUCUAGAGGUUCUCCUCAAUGUGUAUGCGAUGAUCUGAAGCCCUGUGCCAAUCGAGUAUCAGCCGCUCUUCCUCAAUGUGCAACCCACUGCUCAACUCGACUAACUGCCAUCGGAAUUGAUUAUCCGGCCGCUCACAAGUGCGUAAAGUUCUAUCAACCUGAACUGAAUGGAGUAAUCACCUGUAUUCGCCAAGAACUGGACACUAGUUGUUUGAAAAGCCCUUCCGAUGAUAAUCCUCUGAUCCAGCGACGCAGUUCAGACUCGCUCAAGUUGAUCAUGCUCAACGAAAUCAACAGGUGGAUUGCCAAGAAUGGAGGGGUCCCGUUAAAACAAGCGGUCAUCCAAGCCGUUCCAUUCGCGGUCUGUGCCAAGCAAUGCAUUGAUACAAGGACGGUCAAAUGCAGUGAGAGGAUGAAUUGCGGAUUGAAACUGCCGUCGGAUCAGACAAUCAUGGACACCGCCAAGCGUUGCAUCAACUCCAUGUGGACGACUGAAAAAGCUCGUGAGCUUUGCUCGUGUUUGGCUGAAUCUGGGUUCCAGAAGUUGACCAAUGCCUGUAAGAAGAUAAAUAUCGAAGACAACUGA